AUGGUUGCGCACAGUGGCAUAGCCACCGCAGACUCCAGUCGUGGCGAUGGCGCGCACGACUCGGAACACGAUGAGAAAAGCAGAGGAAUGAUGGACGACGAUCCGCCCGUCAGACCCAACCUCGGUAGGCGACACAGCUCCUGGGCCAGCAUGGCUCAGAUUGAGCAGAUGGUUUCCAACGACAUGCUCGACACGAAGACGUACGGCGUGUCAGAACUGCGAGAAGGCUUCUUCGACGCGUUCUUCCUGAAGCCAACUGAUGCUCCCACUGCAGAAGACCAAGAAUAUGCCAGGACCACCUUGCCACAAGCUUUCGACAAGGGCUCGCCCCUCUCACCGAAGCACUUUUGCUGGAAGCAGGCCCACGAACUACGUUCUCUGACGGCCAGGGUCACAACGACGAGGGCAGGCAUCCGGCUGCUCAAAUCUUGCACGGCGUUCUUGAUUGCAUAUAUUCUCUGCCUGAUACCUGCCGUGCGCGAAUGGCUUGGCCGCUACAGCUAUAUCAUGGCCGUGUCCGUCAUCUUGAACCAUCCAGCCAGGACAGUCGGCUCGCAAAUCGAUGGCGCAUUCUUCACAAUCAUCGGGACUGUUGCAGGGCUGGGCUGGGGCACAAUCGCCCUGCUCCUGUCCAAUUCAACCAUGGCCGCUCGUGCUGGCUUUGGAGGCGUCCUAGCCACCUUCAUGGUCGUGUUCAUGGGCAUCCUUGCCUGGAUCCGAUCUACCCUGGUGCGAUUUCAUCAAGCCAACCUGUGCGCAGGUAUAGCCAUCACAAUCACCACACUGGCAGAAACACAAAGCCGGCGUAUCGUAUGGCACAAGCUCUUCGGCUAUGGCGUGUCGUGGCUGUGUGGGCAAGCGAUUUCGCUCGUUGUGUGCUGCAUCAUGUUUCCAGACGCAGGCGCCCGCCCGCUCUCCACCACUUUACACAAGUUCUUUGCCGUUACCCGGGAUGCCCUAGUCAUCCCGAAGCCCAGGGACGUUCGACUCCGAAGGACCCUCGCCAGGAUGUACGUUGAGUUGUCUGUUGCCUACCGUGACUUGCGCAUAGACAUGUCCAUUACGAGAUUUCGACCCGACGACAUUGGAGAGCUAAGAAACCUCAUGCAGACUGUAAUUCGAACGAUUCUGUCCGUGGAAACUGAAACUCUCAUGUUCGAUAACUUUGAUGAGGGUCACGACGUCACAAUCACCGUUCAUUCGCCGUCCACGAACGACCCAAUCACCCCGGACAAUGCUGCCAGCAAGGUUGCCCGUCUCUUUGCGAGGCCCACAAGGGAGAUUCUGGAUUGUAUGCUCGAGGGUCUCGGUCGAUGUGACGCCGCUAUCAUGGACCUGUCUGGCUAUCGCAAUCACCUAGGUCCUCCCCCCGAGACGUCCUCCGACCUCGCUUCCAUCCAGACCCGACUCGAAAACGCACUGGCAUCGUUCGAUGCUGUCGAGCACGACCUUCUCAAUUCAGGAGAACUGCCAGCCUCCUCCAUAGACUAUGCGGACGUCAUCCCGCUAUUUCUCUUCUCCCGACACGUGCGUGAGACAGCUGCGGCCGUCCAAGCGCUCGUCACCAAGAUAGAGGCCAUGCAAGGCGCACCCAAGUGGCCGCGCGUGUACCUGCCCUCUUAUCCCUUCCGUCAGGCCAUACACCGGACCAACAGGCAAGUCCGGCACGACAGAGGUGGUAUCACCGCGGCCUCGUACCACACCACCUUCUCCGAGAUUGCCAAGCUCCUGGAGAAGAUCAAGUCCCGAGACUACCGGCCUCCGGCCCGAACACGUCCAAGCACCCCUGAGCCGGACGCGGGGCUCACGGGCGGAUCUGGGGUAGAGGCGACACACCCAACGAUGGAUGCUGGGACCGUUGAUGACGGGACCGAGACGAGCAAGACGAGCAAGCGCUACGAGGUCUGGAAGGUGCUGCAUCGUCUACAAGGGUUCGAGAGUCGAUAUGCCUUCAAGGUGUGCCUCGUCACCUCUUUGCUCUCUGUGCCCUCCUACCUGCAAGGCACGGAAUGGUGGGACGAAUACGAGGCGUGGUGGGUCGUCGCCGUGAGCUGGAUCAUGAUCCAUCCUAGGGUUGGUGGUAAUCUGCAGGAUCUGGUGACGCGCGCCUUCUUUGCGUUGCUGGGCGCCGUGUGGGCCGGAGCAGGCUAUGCUGCUGGGGGUGGAAGUCCAUAUGUGCUCGCUGUGUUUGCCAUGAUUUACAUGGUGCCGAUGCUCUACCGCUUCACGCAGAGCUCACAUCCGCGGUCGGGUCUGGUUGGCUGCCUGUCCUUCACAGUCGUGUCUCUGAGUCUGCAAUUCCAUAGCAACGGCGGCUCAGUGAUGCGUACCGCGACUCUCAGAGGCCUCUCUUUUCUCGUGGGCACCGUAGUACCUAUCGUCGUCAACUGGGUUCUUUGGCCCUUUGUUGCCCGUCACGAGCUACGAAAUGCCUUGUCUUCGAUGCUCUUCUUCAUGAGCAUUAUUUACAGGAGUGUCGUUGCCAAGUACGUCUACUUUGACGAAGGACACGAGCCCACGCCCGACGACAUUGCGCGCUCCGAGAUGCUCGAGGGCCGGUUGCGGGAAGGCUUCGUCCGCAUUCGCCAGCUGCUGGUCCUGACACGUCACGAGAUCCGUCUCCGCGGUCCAUUUGACCCUCUCCCUUACUCCGCCCUCACAGAUUCCCUCGAGCGUUUCUUCGAAUAUCUCAUUGCCGUACGCCAGAGUGCACUGUUCUACAACCCGGAAUACAUUAGAGAUGACUCUGCGGCAGCGGGGAAGUUGCUCGGCUUCCGACGUGAUGCAGUGGCGGCUAUUCUAGGAAAUCUGUACAUCCUCGCCGGCGCAUUGCGAUCACAGAGAAAGGUUCCGCGGUACAUGCCCAGUGCAGCCGCCGCAAGGAAAAAGCUUAUGCUCCGCACCAUGGAGUUCGAUGACGAGAUGGCCAAGUCCAUGCACGACAGCGAGCGGCGACGGCAUAAGCAGUGGAGCGAAAUCUACAGCUACUCGUACAAGGAAAGCCUUACUGGCUGUGUUGCGCAACUUGAGGAGCUGGAACGAUACACGAAGCUCAUUUGCGGCGUUCAGGGCUUUGACGACAACAUUGAAGACGAGAGUGCAGAUGACAGUUGA